UGUCCCAACCAAGUUUUAAUCAAAUCCUGACAUUCAUGUAGUUCACAGUGGAAAGAACAAUAAAGGCACAAGUCUACUCCCCAUAAAAAUAUCUAGAGAUGCACAUUACUAUAAUCUUGAGAAUGAGACUCAUCCUUUUUCUUUAGUUGUACUCCGGGACAAGACAAGAUCACUAAAAAAAAUGAAAAUCUCAUAAUAUCUGUCUUAACAAUGACAAGAUUUCAUAGAGAUAGGAAAAAAAAGGAGUACUGUUUAUUUUCCUAGUAGAUUCCCCCCAGAAUUGGAAGUCUGAGCAAUGAUACUCUGGGAAAUGUUCCAUCCUCUUGAGAGUGUUUCCAGUGUAGUUGUUGGAACACAUGUUUGGGUUGAGGAUCCUGAGGUAGCUUGGAUAGAUGGAGAGGUUGUUGAAAUCAAUGGUGGAGAUAUUACAGUCAACUGUACAUCAGGGGCAAUUGUUGUCACUAAGGCAUCCAAUGUCUAUCCAAAAGAUACCGACGCCCCUUCAUGUGGCACGGAUGAUAUGACAAAGCUUUCUUAUCUUCACGAACCAGGAGUUCUCUAUAACCUGAGAUGUAGAUAUGAUAAUGAUGAAAUUUAUACUUACACAGGAAACAUACUGAUUGCUGUGAAUCCUUUUAAAAGAUUACCUGAAUUGUAUGGCAAAUGUGUCAUGGAAAAGUAUAGAGGAACUGCGCUUGGGGAGUUGAGUCCUCAUCCUUUUGCUAUUGCUGAUGCUGCUUACAGACAGAUGAUUAAUGACGGGAUCAGCCAGUCAAUUUUGGUUAGUGGAGAAAGUGGAGCUGGCAAGACAGAAAGCACAAAGAUGCUAAUGAAUUAUCUUGCAUAUAUGGGGGGGAGAGCAGCAGAUGAGGGACGGAGCGUGGAGCAACAAGUCCUUGAGUCAAAUCCGGUUCUUGAAGCAUUUGGCAAUGCAAAAACAGUGAGAAACAACAAUUCAAGUCGUUUUGGUAAGUUUGUUGAGAUUCAGUUUGAUAAAAGGGGAAGAAUCUCAGGUGCUGCUAUCAGAACAUAUCUUUUGGAAAGAUCUCGUGUGUGCCAGGUGUCUGACCCUGAAAGAAACUAUCAUUGUUUCUAUAUGCUUUGUGCGGCACCACCAGAGGAUGUUGAAAAAUACAAAUUGGGGAAUCCUAGGAAAUUUCAUUAUCUAAACCAGUCAAAAUUUUUUGAAUUGGAUGAUGUGGAUGAAUCUAAAGAAUAUGUCGCCACCAGGCGAGCCAUGGAUGUUGUAGGGAUCAGUUCUGACGUGCAGGAUGCCAUUUUUAGAGUUGUGGCUGCAAUACUUCACUUGGGCAACAUUGAAUUUGUGAAGGGAAGUGAGCCUGAUUCUGCAGAACCUAAGGAUGAUCAGUCUCGCUUCCAUCUUAAAACUGUGGCUGAACUUUUCAUGUGUGAUGAGAAGUCAUUAGAGGAUUCUUUAUGUAAGCGUAUCAUUGUAACUCGUGAUGAGAAGAUAACAAAAUGUCUGGAUCCCCGAGCUGCUUCUAUCAGUAGAGAUGCUUUGGCAAAAACUGUCUACUCUAAACUGUUUGAUUGGCUUGUUGAAAAGAUUAAUAAAUCUAUUGGCCAAGAUCCCGAUUCUCAGUUGUUGAUCGGGGUUCUUGAUAUUUAUGGAUUUGAGAGUUUCAAGACAAACAGUUUCGAACAGUUUUGCAUUAAUUUGACCAAUGAAAAGUUACAGCAACAUUUCAACCAGCAUGUCUUCAAAAUGGAGCAAGAAGAGUACACCAGAGAAGAAAUUGAUUGGAGUUAUAUAGAGUUUGUUGAUAACCAAGAUAUUCUUGAUCUUAUAGAAAAGAAACCUGGUGGAAUUAUUGCUCUGCUCGAUGAGGCCUGCAUGUUCCCCCAAGGUCAACACAUGAGACCUUUGCUGAAAAGCUUUACCAGACCUUCAGAGACAACAAACGCUUCAACAAGCCAAAGCUAUCACGGACUGACUUCACUAUUGUCCAUUAUGCUGGUCACAUACCAAACUGAGUUAUUCUUGGAUAAGAACAAAGACUAUGUCAUUGCAGAACACCAAGAACUUCUCAGUUCUUCAGGGUGCUCUUUUAUCUCAGGCUUGUUCUUACAACAACAUGAAGAAUCUUCUAAAUCAUCAAAGUUUUCCUCUAUUGGCACUAGAUUUAAGCAACAACUGCAAUCAUUGCUUGAAACACUUAGUGCCACAGAGCCUCAUUACAUCCGUUGUGUAAAGCCAAAUAAUCUUCUUAAACCAGCCAUCUUUGAGAAUCAAAAUGUACUUCAGCAACUUCGAUGUGGGGGGGUUAUGGAGGCAAUUAGGAUUAGCUGUGCUGGAUUNUACGGCUCUUUCAUAUCACUCUCCAUGCCUAUCUUUAUAAAAGAUGUAAUGACCUUGUAUAUUAUACAGCAACAACUGCAAUCAUUGCUUGAAACACUUAGUGCCACAGAGCCUCAUUACAUCCGUUGUGUAAAGCCAAAUAAUCUUCUUAAACCAGCCAUCUUUGAGAAUCAAAAUGUACUUCAGCAACUUCGAUGUGGGGGAGUUAUGGAGGCAAUUAGGAUUAGCUGUGCUGGAUUUCCCACUCGGAGACAAUUUGAUGAAUUCAUUAAACGUUUUUCUGUCCUUUGUCCUGAAGUUCAAAGUAGCAGAUAUGAUGAGGUCAUUGCUUCCAAGAAAAUUUUAGAGAAGGUUGGCCUCAAAGGUUAUCAGAUUGGCAAAACCAAAGUGUUUCUUAGAGCUGGUCAGAUGGCUGAAUUAGAUGCACAGCGUAAUGAGGUCCUAGGAAGAUCUGCAUGUACUAUACAGAGGAAAGUGCGCUCAUUUUUUGCCCGAAAAUCUUUUCUUUUGUUACAAGAUUCGGCAAUUAGAAUCCAAUCUAUAUGCAGAGGUCAGCUUGCACGCGACUUCUAUGAAUGGAAGAGGAGAGAUAUGGCUUCUUUGAUGAUUGGAAAAUUUGGACGNCGAAAAUCUUUUCUUUUGUUACAAGAUUCGGCAAUUAGAAUCCAAUCUAUAUGCAGAGGUCAGCUUGCACGCGACUUCUAUGAAUGGAAGAGGAGAGAUAUGGCUUCUUUGAUGAUUGGAAAAUUUGGACGUAUGUUCCUCGCAAAGAAAACUUACAAGUUGCUUUGCAUUUCUGUUAUUUCCAUCCAGACAGGACUACAAGGGAUGGCGGCUUGUAAUGAGCUUAGUUAUAGAAGAAAAGAAAAAGCAGCCAUCACUAUCCAGAGUCAUUUUUGUGGAUUCGUGGCUCGCAUUCAUUACAAGAGAAUGAAGAAAGCAGCGGUUACCACCCAGUGUGCAUGGAGGGUAAGAGUUGCUCGCAGAGAACUGCGCAAACUUAAAAUGGCUGCAAAAGAAGCAGCUGCUUUGCAAGCCACCAAUAGUAUUCUGGAAAAGCAAGUUGAAGAACUCUCUUCACAAUUGGAGCUAGAAAAGCGCAUGAGGGCUGGUAUAGAGGAAGCCAAGACUGAAGAAAUUAUGAAGCUACAGUCUGCUUUGGAAGAAAUUAAACUUCAGCUUCAAGAGACCAAAGAUUUGCUAAUGAGAGAGCACGAGAAAGUAAAGGAGGCGGCUAGGAUAGAAGAAGCACAAACUGAAGAACUUGUGAAGCUACAGUCUACUUUAGAAGAAAUCCAAUUUCAGUUUAAAGAGGCGAAUGAAAUGCUCAUGAGGGAACGAGAGAAAGCAAAUGAAAAUGCUGAAUUAGUGGAAGCCAAAACUGAAGAGCUUGUAAAGCUACAGUCAGAUUUGGAAGAAAUGCGACUUCAAUUUCAAGAGACUAAAGAGUUGCUCAUGAGAGAACAACGGAAAGCAAAAGAGACUGCUGGAAUAGGAGAAGCCAAAACUGAAGAGCAUGUAAAGCUACAGUCUGAUUUGGAAGAAAUGCGACUUCAACUUCAAGAGACUAAAGAGUUGCUCAUGAGGGAACAACGGAAAGCAAAAGAGACUGCUGAAACAGGAGAAUCCAAAACAGAAGAGAAUGUAAAGCUACGGUCUGCUUUGGAAGAAAUGCGGCUUCAGCUGCGAGAGACUAAAGAUUUGCUUUUUACUUUGGAAGAAACCCGACUUCAGCUUCAAGAGACUAAAGAAUUGCUCAUGAGGGAACAAGAGAAAGCAAAGGAGAUUGAAGACAUGGAGCAGGCCAAAACUGAAGAAAAUGUGAGACUGCGGGCUGCUUUGGAAGAAAUGCGACUUCAGUUUCAAGAGACUAAAGAAUUACUCAUGAAAGAAUGUGAGAAAGGAAAAGAUAGCACUGCAGGGGCAUUUGUUGUACAGGAGGCUCAGGUCAUUGAUCAUGAAAUGGUCAAUAAUCUCGUCACUGAAAAUGAGAUACUUAAGGCUUCAAAAGAAGCCAAAAACAAGGAAAAUGCCAGACUACAGUCUGCUCUGGAAGAAAUGAACCUUCAGCUCCAAGAGACUAGAUCUUUGCUCAGGAUUGAACAUGAGACUGCAAACAGGACUACCAAGAACAAGUGUUUGGUACAAGAUCUCCAUGUUAUUAAUCAAGAAAAAGUCAAUGAUUUUACUGCUGCAGAGUGGCCUGUGGCGCCCGAUGUCCAGGUUAUUCAGCAAGUAAAGGUCAAUGAGCUCACUUCUGAAAAUGAGUUUCCUAAGGAUGAAGCCAAAACCCAGGAAAAUGUAAAAUUACAACCUGCUCUAGAAGGGGUGGAGCUUCAGGUCCAAGAGACUAAUCAACUGCUCCUGACGGCGCAUACACCCGUGGAAAGGAUUGAUGACCAUGUGUACACUGCACAUGAGACACCGAAGAUUUCUAUGGAGCAGGUGCCUGCUGCACAAGACAUCAAGUUCAUUGAUCAUGAAAUUGUCAAUAAGCUUACGGCUGAAAAUUUGCAACUUAAGGCCUCAGUUAGCUCAUUGGAGAAGAAAAUCGAAGAAACAGAGAAGAAAUACGAGGAAACAACCAAACUUAGUGAGGAGCGGUUGAAGCAAGCCAUGGAUGCAAAGUCCAAAAUGAUCGAGUUAAAGACGGACAUGCAAAGAAUGUCAGGACGUUUUACUCUAGGCAAUCAGCCUUCAGAGAAUGGCCAUCAGUUUAUGCAGGACUCACAAGCAGCAAAAACGUUAAAACCAUUUGGCACGUUAUCAUUGAGAAGAUCCCAAAUUGAUAGACAACGAGAGAGUGUGGAUAUUCUUUUCAAAUGUAUUAAAGAAGAUCUCGGUUUCAGCGAAGGAAAACCAGUUGCGGCAUUUACAAUAUACAAAUGCCUUAUUCACUGGAAAUCCUUUGAGGUGGAGAGAACUAAUGUAUUUGAUCGCCUUAUUCAGGUUAUUGGUUCUGCUAUAGAGGAUGAGUCAAACAACAAGUGCAUGGCUUAUUGGCUGUCAAACACAUCCAUAUUACUAUUUCUGCUACAACAUACACUACGAGCUAAUACAGUUUCCACCCCAAGCAAACCUCCCCAACCAACAACUUUUUUUGGAAGGAUGUUCAGCAGGUCAUCUCUUUCUUCAGCCAAUCUCUCAGUUGGUGGGCUGGAUGGAAUCCGCCAGGUUGAAGCAAAGUAUCCUGCUUUGCUUUUCAAGCAACAGCUCACUGCCUAUGUCGAGAAGAUUUAUGGAAUCAUCAGAGAGAACCACAAAAAGGAAUUGUCUUCAUUACUUUCUUCAUGUAUCCAGGCUCCUACAGAAUCCAGUGGAAGCUCUCCAGGAAACCCAUGGCAAAGCAUUGCUGAGAAUCUUAAUGGGCUUGUCAAUAUAUUGAAUGAAAAUUAUGUACCUCAAAUUCUUGUGCAGAAUAUGACCAUCCAAAUUUUCUCUUAUAUCAAUGUACAAUUAUUUAACAGCAUCCUCCUUCAAAAAGAAUGCUGUACUUUCAACAAUGGUGAACAUAUAAAAGCUGGGUUAGAUGAAUUAGAACUUUGGUGUAGACAUACAAAAGAAGAGUUUGUAGGUCCCUCUUGGGAUGAGCUGAGACAUAUAAGGGAGGCAGUUGGAUUCUUGGUUCUGCAUCAUAAGGCAAGAAUCACCUAUGAUGAUCUUAUAACUGACUUGUGCCCUAUUCUGAGCAGUCAACAGCUCUACAGAUUAUGCAUGCUAUGCUGGGAUGACAGCAACAACACUGAAAGUGUAUCAGCAGAUGUAAUUGCCAGCAUCAAGGUCCUACUAUCAGAAGGGAACUCCGAUGAUACCGAGAAUCACUCCUUUGUUUUGGACGACAAUUCAAGUAUUCCGUUCGCAGUUGAGGAGCUCAGUCGUUCUCUUAGAGACAUCAAUUUUACUGGUGUAAAACCUGCUGCAGUACUCCUUGAACAUCAGGGCUUUGAGUUUUUGCGUGAAUAAUGCUGGUGCAGCAGAUAGACUUGUCACUGGGUUUUCUUUGACAUUUUUGAUGAAAAGGUUUCAUCUUUCAUUCAUUACCACUUUGUAAAUCCACACACUUAUAGAGUAGUUUUAGGCUCAUAGCAUCUCCACAUCCAUUGUUACAUGGUUUUCCCCAUGACUGCAUCUUUUUCUGUGUUAUAUAUGUUUAGUCGGUAUGGAAAGAAGGUUGAAUAUUUGCCAGAAUUCCUUAUUAUU